GGUGAGCGAGGCGGAACCCUCGCCAGAUAGCCAUUUGUGCUGGGAGUGAGCGGGGCGUCGGGCCAACUGCUGGAUUAAUUUGCUAUUGGAAGUGAUCAAAAGGUGCUCAGUGUGUGGCCAAUAAUGAAGGGAAGUGUGCAUUGUGUGUAGAGAUGCGAGUUAUGUAGGAAAACACGUAGCGUUACAGAUAAUUUUUUUAAGUUUGUCUACAUCAAAAUGGCUCAGUCUGUGAACUGUAGCUUGGAUGACAUCGACCUCAAUGCUUUGAAGGUACUCGCACAGUUAUGCUUGCAGGGGUUGAGCCCGGAACCUCAAGACUACAAAUCCGAAGCGCUGUCCACCCAGCUGUCAGGCGCCCCUAACACAUCAUGAUCUUUGUCUGGAAAUUAUUAGAUUAGCUAUAAGUCUGGCUAUUGAAAUAAUUCCUUAAGAGACCAGUAUGCAUGAUUUAAUGUGCAAAAUAGCCCCCAUAAAAGUAGAUCCAAUCCACCAAAAUAAUAAAACCUAUACAUUAUAUGCCCUCUAUCUUGGAUGGAGUGUACAAAAUAUGGUCUUGUAACCAAAACCGUUAGUGUUUAAUACUGUUGGGAUAAUAAAAUGUAUAACAAAAGUGGAACAAAGUAACCAUGAAACUAUCCUGAUCUGUUCUAGGCCUAACAUACACAGUCUUGCUUAGUACAUACAAUGUUCCAUACUGAGCCUAAAAAUUUAAUGGGCCAUUUUUCUCUGGCUCGCUACAAAAUGAAUACUGUACAGUACUACCUCUCAUAAGCACUGUGAUUGUUUUUUUUUAUGACAGUUAUAGUAAUAUGCUUCCAGUAGUGAAAAAUCCAGUUUUUUAAGUUUAUGUUCAUACUGUAAUAUAGGUGGGAUAAGUAAUGAUCAAGGGGGGUCAAUGAAAAAUGAGAGGAGUUAAAAUAUAUUCAUUUGGCAAGAUCUGAAUGCCAAAGACCUUCAGCCAGCAAAGUCUUGGCAUCUGGCAGUCAAAAUUUAAUUUUCUAAGUCUUUGUACAGUAGUUUUAGGGUUAGGUUAGGUUGAUUAAACUGCUAAUAGGCACACUUUUUAUUUAUAUUUUCAUGCAAAAUAUAUAUACCUGUAUACAGUACUGUAUUAUCCUUCAGUUCGAAUGUGUGUUAUACAUUUCUCAUUGGCAACAUAUAAUACUGUACUGUAUUCUAAUCUGAGGGUGAACAAAACAGCUUUGAACUCCAUCAAGGAUCCUGCUGGAAUCUUCGAUUUAAUUGAGGUGGUUGGCAAUGGAACCUACGGCCAGGUGUACAAGGGCCGGCACACCAAGACUGGUCAGCUGGCAGCCAUCAAGGUCAUGGAUGUCACAGAGGAUGAAGAGGAAGAAAUCAAACUAGAGAUUAACGUCCUAAAAAAGUUUUCCCAUCACCGAAACAUCGCGACAUAUUAUGGUGCCUUCAUCAAGAAAUCCCCUCCAGGGAAAGAUGAUCAGCUGUGGCUUGUGAUGGAAUACUGUGGGGCUGGCUCCGUUACCGACCUUGUUAAAUCUCUUAACAUGUGUGACACUGUUUUCACAGCCACCAAGGGCCAGAGUUUAAAAGAAGAAUGGAUAGCAUAUAUUUCUCGGGAAAUUCUGCGUGGUUUGUCUCAUCUACAUGCAAGUAAAGUCAUCCAUAGGGACAUAAAAGGCCAAAAUGUCCUUCUUACAGAUAAUGCCGAAGUUAAAUUAGUUGAUUUUGGUGUUAGUGCCCAGUUGGACAGGACUAUAGGAAGACGGAAUACAUUUAUUGGCACUCCAUAUUGGAUGGCCCCUGAAGUUAUUGCCUGUGAUGAAAACCCCGAAGCAACGUAUGACAACCGUAGUGACCUAUGGAGUUUAGGUAUUACAGCCCUAGAAAUGGCAGAGUCCCAACCUCCAUUGUGUGAUAUGCACCCUAUGCGUGCACUGUUCCUAAUCCCUCGUAAUCCUCCUCCCCGUUUCAAGAAUGGUAAAAAGUGGAGUAAGAAGUUUCACUCUUUCAUUGACAGUGUUCUGGUCAAAGAUUAUCAUCAGAGAACGUAUACGGACCAGCUCUUGAAACAUCCAUUUAUUCGGGACCAGCCUACAGAGAGACAAGUUCGUAUUCAACUAAAAGAUCACAUAGACAGAUGCAAGAAGCACAAACAAAAAGCGGACAGACAAGAAACCUUCAGUUACAGUGGGUCAGACAAUGAAGAGGAGGAAACAACGCAAGCUGGAGAACCCUCUUCUAUUAUCCAGGCACCAGCAGGUGAUACACUUAGACGGAAUUUUAUGCAAAUUCAGGAACACCAACGUAAUGGUGGGAAAAAAGAUAAAGAAGAAAUCCCAGAACCUGGUCCUCCAGCACGACCAGCUCUUCCAUUACGAUUGCUUGGCCAGGAGCAGCCUCCUCCUCAACGACCUCUUCCUCCACCACCACAAGCACGAGAGCAUCACCAACCUGCACCACACAAGCCAGCCACACCACCUCAGCAUCAUCCUAGGGACCACCGUGAGCAUCGCGACCAUCGAGAACACAGGGAGCAUAGAGAUCAGAGGGAGCAGCGUAAUUCUCCCAUGGUAAAGCAACCGCAGUCUUCCCAAGUACAGGCUAGAAAACCAGAGCCUCACCCUCGAAGGUUGGAGGACUUGGACGUGCUUGCUCAACACCUGAAUGAGCUCGGAUCUGUUGCUAAUGACAGAGACAGAGAUCGAGAAAGAGAGAGAAGUGAAAGAGAACGUGCAGAAAGAACUGAACGAGAAAGAGCGGAACGAGCUGAAAGAGACCGGGAACGUGAAAGGGCAGAAAGAGACCGUGAGAGGGAACGUGAGAGAGAACGAGAACGCGAUAGAGAACGAGAUAGAGAACGGGAUAGAGAACGCGAGCGGGAACGAGAGAGGGAAAGGGAACGUGAACGGGAACGAGAAAGGGAACGAGAGCGACGAGAGCAAGAUAAGAGUCGUCAAAAUGGCGGAGGAAGUAAACACGAAUCUCCUGCACCGCCUGCUGUCAUAGAAGAAGAUUCCAGUGAUGAAGAUGAUGAAGGUCGUAUGAGAAACGAUGGAACCCUCUUAGCAUCUGAUCCACCGAAGCCACUGUUCGACUAUUCCACUUUCAGGCCUCCAGAGGGUGCCCUUCCACACACUGCGUUGCAAGGACCACCUCCGAACCGGCCACUUCCUCCAACCCCCGAUGACGAUGAAUCUGGUGAUCGCACAUUAAUUAUGCGCAGACAUCAGUCUGAUGCAGAGCAACAAGUGCAGCCAGCACAAGUGGAGAACAUAGAUAACAAUGUCAACAGUAACUAUGAUUAUCAACAGACACAAAACAGUGUAGAAAAUCGUGGUGGAUGCAGUACUGGUCCUAACAAUAAAGAUAAGGUAAAGCCAAGUUCAUCCAGGAGUGACAGUAAUCACGAACGAAGAUCGGGUAGAGACCUUGCCAAUGGCCAUGACAGUAGGCCAAUUCAGGACCCCAAACCAGCUCACCGAAAUUCACAUCAGCUAAUACAUCAAUCAAGCGAUGGUGAUUUAAGUCAACGAGCUCACCGCAGAAAUGAAUCCGACUCAAGAUUAGGGCUGUUACGAAGACAGCACACAGAUGUGGCACUUGCGCGUCGAUCUGAUGUCUAUCGUAGCAGUAAAGUGGAGUUAUCCUUUCCUUCUGCUAGCUCAGAGGUGACGGCUAGUAUGGCUGGUGAGCCUGUUCUUACAGAUUUCAUGGCUAUGAUAGGAGAUGAACAUCAACGAGCAUCAGAUGACAGUGGACAUAGAGAAUUACGUCGUCAGGUGUCUCUGGAUGGAGACCUGCAUGCGGUUGGCUCUGUUGGAGGCACUGGUCGGGAUCAAGUCAGGUACGAGUGGAACCAAAGACGAGAAAAGACAGAUGUGGAUCUACGUCGGGCUGAACUGCGCAAUGAGUUGGAGCAGCGGCGUGUGACUCCCCAGGGGGUGCGUGGCCGUGACAGCGUGAGCAGUCUACAGCAAGGGCCAACCCACCAGCAACAGGACCGUUCUCGUGGUGCAGAGCCCUCGUCUGGGACGAGCACCCCAGGUUCACGCACUUCUUCUGUUCUUCCUGAUCUCCUACCACAGGCAUCCAACAGUCCCAAUGGAUCCCGCCAUGACAAGUCCACUAGCGAGGAGUAUCGACAAGCAGUAGGUAAGGGUACUCCUCCUCAACUUCAGAUUAAACAGAGGUCGUUCAUGACGUUCGGCUUUGGUGCAGGGGGAACAGAACCACCACGACGAGAAUCACACAUUAGUAUCAACGUUGCACCAACAUCACACGAGGUCAACGAUACCCCGGAAAUUAGGAAGUACAAGAAGAGGUUCAACUCGGAAAUUCUCUGUGCAUCAUUAUGGGGUGUUAACCUAUUAAUUGGUACCGAGACUGGAUUGAUGCUGUUGGAUCGGUCGGGCGUCGGCAAAGUGUAUCAACUAAUCUCUAGGCGACGAUUUCAACAAAUGGAAGUACUCUCUGACCAAAAUAUAUUGGUGACUAUAUCCGGAAAGAAAAAUCGUGUUCGAGUCUAUUAUCUCUCUUGGCUCAAGUCCAAAAUUCUCCGAACAGAUGCUCAACAAGUUGAACGGCGGAAUGGUUGGAUCAAUGUUGGGGAUCUCCAUGGUGCAGUACACUUCAAAAUUGUGAAGUAUGAGCGAAUUAAGUUCCUGGUGAUUGCUCUGCGUGAUUCAAUUGAGAUAUACGCCUGGGCACCUAAACCCUACCACAAAUUUAUGGCAUUUAAGAGUUUUGGUGAGUUGGUUCAGAAGCCAUGCUUGGUGGAUCUAACUGUGGAGGAAGGGUCACGUCUCAAGGUGGUCUAUGGCUCCAACCAGGGAUUCCAUGCAGUAGAUGUCGACUCGGGACAGGUCUACGACAUCUAUCUUCCCAAACAUAUCCAAGGUAACAUCACUCCACACACAAUAGUCACACUGCCUAACAGCAACGGUCUUCAGCUGCUCAUCUGUUAUGACAAUGAGGGUGUUUAUGUAAACACUUAUGGAAAGGUAACCAAGAAUAUGAUGUUACAAUGGGGAGAAAUGCCAACAUCUGUAGCAUUCAUUGGCACUGGCCAGAUAAUGGGAUGGGGCAACAAGGCUAUUGAAAUUCGUUCAGUGGAGACAGGCCACUUGGAUGGAGUCUUCAUGCACAAAAAAGCACAAAAACUAAAGUUUCUCUGUGAGCGAAAUGACAAGGUGUUCUUUUCAUCAGCUAAAGGCGGAUCUUCGUGCCAAAUUUACUUUAUGACGCUCAACAAACCUGGCAUGGCUAACUGGUAAAAGAAGAAACCAGUAUGUCCAUGUUACUAAUAUCUCAUCACCAAAGGAUAGUCUUCCUUGGCUACUCAAAAGCUGAACAUCUGCGGAAUAACUGCUACAGUAUGCUGUUAAGAGAGUACUGUGAAAAUAAGUACUUGUCUGAGGACUAGAGUGGUUAUUCACCUUUACCAGUUUGAAGAAUAGACAUCUUGCCAAUUAAAUGCCCAAUACAAAACUUGCUGAUAUGGAGAGGCUGCCCUGGACUCUGUAGUUAAAUAUUAAGGGCUGUGUACAGAGACCAAGUGGUUGGCCAACACAGUCAUUCGGAACCAUUUUUUGUUAUUCAGUUGUAGGGUGGUGAAGCUUGUUGUGCUUUACUGUUGGGCCAAAGUGUGUUGUUGUUUGGAAGGUUCACCUGACUUUGCAACACAAAUUUAUUAAUGUAAAAUUCUUUAAUAGCGAUUGGACAUUUAGUAUGUUAAAUAUUGAUUGAAUUGACAAAGUUUAGGAGAAAUUGUUGAUUUUUAUAGGAAGAUCUUGCAACUCAGUGGUACUUGCUCAAUUGAGAUCUGUAAUUUUUGUUUAUUUGUAUAAGUAAUAAAUUAUAUAUCUAGAACUAAACAAAUAUUUAGGAAUGUAAUCAGUGCAGACAAAAUUGUUAUUGAAAAAUUAGUGACAAGAGUUAAAAAUUGAACUUAGAAAAACCAUGCAAGAUAUCCAUAUUUUAUACAUGUUAGGAUAGUAUAUACGGUAACAUCCUGGGUUGCCUCCCUGCACAAAAGCAGGAUGAAAGUGUGAUGGUGUACAGGGAUGUGUAUGCAUGUAUGUAUGAUGUAGGGCUGGGGUUUGACGGAGCUGCUGUUGAGAAUGAGGAUGGAGCAUCAUAGCUGGUUAGAGUGCACACUGGGUAAUUUUUUUUUUUAUAUUUAAAUCCCCCCACCUUUGUUUGAAUCAUUUACAUCAUUAUCAAAAGCUCAUAUUUGGACAAGUCUCCUAUCACACUUGCUGGAUCAAUAUCAAGAGUGUGUAUAGAUCCAGAAUAACAUUCAUCUGCCCAACAGGUAUCCUUGCACCUUACCCAGCAAACGAUAAACCACCCCUCUGUUUUUAAGUUGUAUAUGGGCCAGUGCCUUUUGGAUGUGCAAACAUUGAAAGGUUUGCCAUUUCAAAUUACCCAAAAGGAAAUCUAAGAGUUACUGUAUGUGCAGUUUGUGCACCCGUUGAGACCUACAUACUUAAACUAAGGACUGAUGGUAUUAUCAUGUCAUUCAUUUGUCAUUCCAUUUUUAAUAGACAUAAUGCAAAUGUACAUCAUGGAACUGCAUUCCUGUUAUAGGUUGUACAGUGUAUAUGUGCUUUUAAAUGAAGCCAAAGUAUGAAGGUUUUAGCUAGUGGAGAAGCUAUUCUUUCUUAUCCUCUAACCAAUAAGUAAAGUGAAAUAUGCAAUAUAGGUGUAAAAAUCUAUUCUUAUGGUGCUCUCUCAACAUCCAAAGCAGUAGUGUGUAUUAAGAGAAUGAGGAAUUGUUUGGUCAAGGGGCAGCAGAGGAAGGUUUGCUUCUGAUAGUGGCUCCUAUUAAAUGUUAAUCAGCGACUACAAAUAAUCCAUUCAUCAGGUAUUCAAAGUGUCAUACAGUACCAAGUCUAGAGAUAUUGUGACAACUACAGUGAUCCUGACCAGUGUCCCUCCCAUUACAAUUCUACAGUUUGUGCUGUGGUACUUUAGCAUACAUUUUGCUUAUUUGCCAAUUGAAUGAGUACUUUCAGCUUCAAAAUCAAAAAUAUUCCAUGUAAACACUUAAAAUAUUUUGUACAAUGGAUUUAGAAGUUAGAAAUAUAAAACAAAAUUAAAUAGUCAUAUGACUGUAGAAUUCAGCAUUGUAUUGUGAAAUACAUACGUAUGAAGGUUAGAAAUGCAGAAAAUGUAUACUGCAAGAACUAAAAUUACAUGGAAGUACAUAUCAUCUCAAUCUGGAUGCUAGCUUGGCUCUGGUAAAAGUGCCACUUUAUAAAGGAUAUGACUGAUCUCCACAAUUACUUUUUUUAAUAAUCCCUCUAAUGGGGAAGACAAGGUCAUUGGAAGAAUCCACUUUAAGAUAUUUCUAGUGCAAGCCAAUGAAUGCUGCUGCUGCCCUCUCCCCACUUUCAUGCUCUUUAUAUCAGUAGCUAAAGUCAUUUUAUACUUUAGAAAUAUCAAAGCCUUUGUAUUAUGAGUGUUAAUAGUAAGUUCUUUUCUAACUUAUGCAUCUAAUGCACCAUUGUGCAUUUACUGGGAAUCUUGUGAAUAUAUUGAACCUUUCCUAUUUAAUUUGUUUAUUUUAUAAUACUCCCAUGGUAAUCUUUAAAAACUGUAUAUACUUUUCAUUAUUUGUAUAAGAUUAUACAGAUCAAAAGGCAUUCAUUAUAUUUAACUGAGCUGACAGCCAUCAUUUACAAUAUGCACAUGAAUUUCAAUAAAAUUCAUCAGAA